UCUACUUGAAGCUCAAUCAACCAUUCGGAGGUACACCUAUGGAGGAGUCGCCAUCGAACCGUUGAUCCACAUAUAUCUGACUAGCUACAUUAGGCGGCCGCGGAGCCCUCCAUCCUGCGGUUGAAACCGGUUGUCGCAUCAUCUGCUCUGACCGUCGCCGUUACCCCCUCAAGCUAUGGCCGCCGUCUCCAUCUCCGCUGAAGGAGCCCACUCUCCGCUUCUUGACGACUUCGUGGACGGCGCCGUGGACCACAAGGGCCAACCCGUCCGCAGAUCCAGCUCCGGUGGCUGGAGAUCCGCCGGCUUCAUCAUCGGCGUUGAAGUUGCGGAGCGAUUCGCGUACUACGGAAUCUCGUCGAAUCUUAUAAACUAUUUGACGGGGCCGCUGGGGCAGUCGGUGGCCACGGCGGCUGAGAAUGUGAACGCCUGGGCGGGCACGGCGUCGCUCUCUCCCCUGCUGGGAGCUUUUAUCGCCGACUCGUUCCUCGGCAGAUACCGCACCAUAGUCAUUGCCUCCGUUAUCUACAUCUUGGCAUUGGGUUUGUUGACUCUCUCAGCUGUACUUCCUUCUGUUAGCCCUUCUGACUGCCAAAGUGUAGGGAAUAUCUCAUGUUUUCCACCUUUUUACCAAGUAGUGCUGUUCUUCUUCUCUCUCUAUCUGGUUGCAAUUGCUCAAGGUGGGCACAAGCCAUGUGUUCAGGCUUUUGGAGCCGAUCAAUUCGAUGGACAGGACCCGCAGGAAUGCAAAGCCAAAAGCUCCUUUUUCAACUGGUGGUACUUCUGCAUAAGUACAGGGACCUUGAUGACACUUACCAUUUUGAACUACAUACAAGAAAACCUUAACUGGGGUCUUGGCUUUGGACUACCUUGUGUAUCUAUGGCAGCUGCCUUGGCCCUUUUCCUACUUGGGACAAGGACAUAUCGGUUCAGCGCCAAGGGAGAUGAGAGAAGCCCAUUCUUGAGGUUCACUGCGGUGCUUGUUGCAGCAUUUAAGAACAGGAAAACUACAUCUCUGGCCAUAGUUACUGACCAGGAGUCUUGUGGAACCCUGCCAGAUGAAGGCUCUGAGCAAUUCAAGUUCCUCAACAAAGCCUUGAUUGCACCAGACGGUUCAAAGGAGGAGGGCAAGGUGUGCACUUUCAGUGAGGUAGAAGAAGCCAAAGCAGUACUAAGGCUUAUCCCAAUAUGGGCUACGGGCUUGGUGUAUGCUAUCGUUUUUCAGCAGCCAAAUACUUUCUUCACCAAACAAGGAGUCACAAUGGACAGAUCAAUCAGACCUGGUCUCAACAUUCCAUCUGCAUCCCUUCAAAGCUUCAUCAGCAUUGGCAUCAUUGCAUUUAUCCCCAUCUAUGACCGUGUGUUUGUUCCAUUAGCCAGGGCGUUUACAGGCAAGCCCUCAGGCAUCACCAUGCUCCAGAGGAUAGGAAUUGGCAUGUUCUUGUCAAUUACUGCAAUGGCGGUCGCCGCCCUAGUGGAGUCAGAAAGGCUUGAAAUUGCCCUAGAAUAUGGCCUCAUUGAUCAGCCUAAUGUAACAGUCCCGAUGAGUGUCUGGUGGUUGAUUCCUCAAUACAUUUUGAUCGGAGUUUCGGACGUAUUCACAAUGGUGGGUUUGCAAGAAUUCUUCUAUGAUCAGGUCCCUAGCGAGUGGAGAAGUAUAGGUCUCUCCCUCUACUUCAGCAUAUUCGGAGUCGGGAGCUUCCUGAGCAGCUUUCUCGUCAGUGCUGUCGAGAAAGCAACCGGUGGCAGUGGCAGAGAGAGUUGGUUUGCUAAUAAUCUCAACAAAGCGCAUCUCGAUUACUUCUACUGGCUGCUCGCAGGUAUGAGUACCUUGGAAUUGAUCACUUUCAUCUAUUUUGCUAAUUCUUAUAUCUACAAUAGGGCGAGACAGUCGUAAAAUUGCAAAUGCGUUAAGCAACUACUUAAGCAGCUGUACCUGUAAGUUGUGGAGAUUGAUGUAUCAUGCUUCUGGAAACUUAUUCAGUCCUACAUUGUAAAUGUAACAUACAGGAGAUUGGAAGUCCUUAGGAAUUGUAAGUAUUGGAAUUGCUUUUCCUGAAGUUCUAUGUGAGCCCAGGAAUGUGUCCAUUAGGCUUCUACUUAUACGUGGAAUUGAUUUUUAUCUGGUAGAAAAAACAUUUACUGGGAAGAUAUUUCGAGGUUCUAGUAUAUGUUUAGUUUGGUGGAUGGAGUCAAUUACAGGUGAGAAAUUAAUUCAAAGUUCGCUGCCAAACCGUUAUUAGUUAAGAUAUGUGCAUGGCAACUGAGAUAGCUGAACUGAUAUCAUACCAUAGUUCUUUUUUUUUUCCUUCAGAAGAGGAUCCCUUUCGCAUGGAAUAAUACGUUUUGGAUAUUGUAAAAUUUGAUGCA